UUAAAAUAAAUUGGCUUAUUCAGUAUUUAAAGGUUAAAGAUAGUAUUUGGAACUCCUUUCCCAGCUAUCUAUUCAAGCAAUUGGGUGACCUCUCAUUUUUAUUAAAAUGUAAUUAUUCAAUCGAAAAAAUACCGGUUAAGCUUGCAAAAUUUCAUAAACAAGCUCUCAUGGCAUGGACACUGGCCUAUAAGCAUAACUUCUCACCUAGGAGAUAUUAUAUUUGGAACAACAAAGACAAAGUCUUUUCUUUUUUGAUUACUGGGUUAAAAACAAUAUUAUAUUAGUUAGUCAGCUUUUAAAUAAUGAUGGAAAUUUAUUGACAUAUAGAGAUUUUUUUGAAUAAAUUUAAAAUACCAGUUAGACCUAAGGAGUUUUCUGUUGUAAUGGAUGCAAUUCCCCAAAAAGUAUUGAUCCUUCUGAGGAAUGCAUUACAGGAGGAAGAUCUAAAUUUUACAGAUAUCAAGGGUAAAAUAUUUAUUGGUAAUACAAAUAUUUUACAAAAUAGAGUCUCAAAUAUCUAUAUUAGAAAUAUACUUAAUAAUAUUGUUUAUCCUCCAGCUUGUUUUUUCUGGUCUUCUGUGUUUGGGGAUGUGAAUUGGCGUAAAGCUUGGCGAACAGUGGAUAAAUUCUAUGUUAAUAAUAAAGUAAAAGAAGUCUCUUUUAAAAUAAUGCGUAGAAUAUAUCCAGUAAAACAUGUGCUGGAAUGUUUUAAAUUAGAUAUUUAUUACUCUUGUAAUUUCUGUAAAGGUGAAAAGGAAACUAUUUUUCAUUUAUUUUUCCAUUGCAUACAUACAAAAAUAUUUUGGAUUGAUGUGGAGCAUUUAAUUUAGAAAAAAUUGAACAUUGAAUUGCAGUUGAGUGGACUUGAUAUAAUGAUACACUUCAGUGAUCAUGGGAUUGAGAAAGAGAAGGCAUAAUUCAUACAAUUGUUAAUAUUAAUGGGAAAGUUUCACAUUCAUAAAAUGAAAUGGUCUGACUCCAAGCCAUUUUUUUUUUUUUUUUUUUGCUUUAAAAAGGAUUUCAAGCUUUAUUGUUCUGUUUUGUGUAAUUGUAAAAGUAAAAAAGGCAAUUCAAACUUAUAACAUUGUAAGCAGAUAUGAUGUAUAAAGUAGCACCCUUUUCCUUUUGUUUGUUAUAAUUUUGUUCUUGUCCUCUGGCAUUGUUGUUAUUUCAUUUUACUUUAGUUGCUGUGUAUUUUUACUUUGAAAGAAUAUAUCUCAUUGUAUUGUUGGUUUAUGGCAUUAAUGAAAAAAAAAAAAAUUAAAAAGAAGGUCAGCUCUCACUCCAUUGCGCUUUUACGCAACGCCUGAGUAACACAAAUGCCCCGAGUUCACUGAGCCUUGAGGACUUUGGCAAACCUGUCUGGCGAUUUUCUCAGUAUCGUAGUUCUGAAAAGAACAUAGGUGUUGAACCUCUGUCAGGGAACCUUCUCUCCUCCAGUGGUUUAUUUAUGAGAGACUGAGAACAGUACGCGUCUUUGUGUGCAGCAGAGCAGCGGUCUGAAGUCUCUUGGGACUCAACGAGCAUAUUUCGCAUUUGGAAAAUCAGCUUCUCGGCUGCUUCGUUCGCGGUGCUCUUUUUCUCUUUGAAGAAACUAAAACAGUUUUUAAUUAUUUUUUCCGCAUUUAUUCAAGAUUUUAUUUUAUAAGUUGACUAUUGUUUAUGACGGAGCAAUUCCUGAGGCCUAUCAGAACUUUUGAUGGAUAUUAUUGAAUGAGAACCGCGAGAGAAAUUCAUUCUUCUUUUUUUUUUAUUGUUUUUUCAGAAAAGAUGUAUAGCCUUUCCACGUUGCUGGUUAUAAUAUUGUUUGCCCUGAAGAUCCAUACAGUGCAGCCAGGCAAAUGCCCAAAGUUCUGUAUCUGUGACAACAUCCAGCUCACGGUUGCUUGUGUCAACAAGAACCUCACUGAGGUUCCGCCUACCAUUGAUGAGAUAACAGUGAAACUGGACCUAAGAGGAAAUGACCUGCAGGAGCUUCCAACAGGGGCGUUCACACACACACCUUACCUUACCCACCUGUCCCUGCAGAACAGCAACAUCCAAAGAGUUCGGGAAGGAGCCUUCCGCAGACUCGGCCGGCUGGUCUUGCUCAACCUGGCUAACAACAAGAUUGAGAUCUUGUACCAGGAGUCAUUUGAUGGGCUUUCCUCACUGAAGCAGCUGAUUAUUGACCGAAAUAGAGUGGAGGAGAUCCAACCUGGAGCUUUUUCACAGCUUGGCCUUCUCAACCUCCUCUCCCUCACACACAACCAAUUGGUGUACAUACCUAACAUGGCGUUCCAGGGUUUGCAGAACAUCAAAUGGCUACGUCUUAGUCACAAUUUCCUCAAUUAUCUCGCAACAGAGGCGUUUGCUGGCCUCUUCACUCUUACUCGUUUGAGCCUGGAUAACAAUGAACUGCAGUUCUUUCCCACUGAGACAAUGACACGACUUCCAGAAGUAAUUCGCUUAGAGCUAAGCUACAACCCCAUGACCUACCUUGGAGAGGAGUCUGUAUCUAUGCCCAAGCUCACUCAUCUCUUCCUGGAUCACAACUCCCUGCAGGAUUUUUCAAAUGCAGCUAUCCUGCUCUCUCCCCAUCUCGCUCAUCUGGACCUAAGCCACAACCAGCUGCGCGUCCUGCAGCCAAUGGCCCCUGGCUCUCCCAAACUGACUCGACUCAAUCUGGCAGGCAACCCCAUCUACUGCAGCUGCUACAUGCGGCCUUUGCGCGAGUGGGCGAUACGGGAGCGCGUUCGCCUGGGUGGUACAUGUGGAGGUCCUGCACAUCUGUCCGAUGAGAAUCUGGAGGCGGUACAGCCCGUUGAUUUGCGCUGUCAGAGCCAGGAGGCCAUGUUGAAGGCUGAGCUGGAGGAGCAGAGCAGACUGCCUACACUGCCCACAACCCCACCCCCAGAUAAAGUCAAAUGCCCAGCCAACUGUGAAUGUGAGGGUGAGUGAAAACUUACUGGAGCUGAGAACCACCACUCAUCUUGCGAAAACAGAGGUCACACCAAGAUCCCUCGUGGUUUUUCACCAGACACACGCUUGCUGGACUUGCGAGGCAACCAUUUUCACUACAUCCCUGCGAACAGUUUCCCAGGCGUUGCAAAAGUGGUUUCCCUUCAUUUGCAGCGCUGCAAGAUCCAUGAGGUAGAAGAUAGGGCUUUCAAUGGUAUGAAGAGUCUGGUCUACCUCUACCUCUCAGAAAAUGACCUCACUUCAUUGAGUCCUGAGGCGUUUAAGGGGUUGCCCCAUCUCACUUACCUCCAUCUGGAAAAGAAUCGUUUCACCCAGUUCCCCAAAGGAGCAUUCAAGCUGUUGCCUGGUCUGCUGGCUCUGCACAUGGAGGACAAUGAUAUCGCUAAAUUGGAAGCAGGACUCCUGACAGGCACUGAGAAACUGAGGGGCCUCUAUCUCACUUCCAACGCCAUCACAGCGGUUGCUCCUGGGGCCUUUGAUCCUGCACCUGACUUGAAUACUCUUCAUUUAGGCAGAAACAAACUGAAGGAGGUUCCAAGUGAGGCCUUUUCUAAAGCCAGCAGCCUAGCAGAGCUUAAUCUCUCCCGCAACCCUAUUCGCUGGAUCGGAGCAGGGGGUUUUCAGUCAGUCGCUGCCACACUUAAACAUCUUUACCUUAAUCAUAUGGGUUUAGAAAAGGUAUCUAAAGAUUCUCUAGCAGGACUGGGGUCUAGUCUGCGGAGUCUGUUUCUUGAAGGGAACCAACUUGAGGAGCUGCCGGACUUGAGUCCACUCACAGGACUCGAGGUCAUAAACUUGGCAGAGAAUCCACUGCUCUGUGAUUGUCCACUGCUGCCUCUUCGCAAGUGGAUUGAGCAGGUUAAUCUGAAAGUCAGAGCCACCUGUGGCCACCCUCCCGAACUCAGAGGUCAAAGGGUCAAAGAUGUCCAUGUUUUUAAGAGCUGCCCAGGGGGAAAACCUCCUUCUACUCAGCACCUCAAACCAACUAAGGCCACAAAGACUGAAUCUGCUCUAAUUAGUCCUCCAAAAGUCAUUAAGAUAGUUAAAGCCAAAGGAAAACCCCUUAAAAGUGCAAAACCUAAAACAGUGCAGAAAAGGACCAUGAAGAAAAGGAAGUCUGUGUGAUCCUGCUGUAUUUACAUUGCGGUUUCUGAUUUAGAUAAAUAUAACCUGAACCCUGUUUUAAACAAAGUUUACAUCAGUGAGGGUGCUAGACUGUUUAGAGUGUAGUAUUAACUUGCUUAAUGCACAGUUUUAGUUUACAAGGGAUGUACUAUGCUGGACAAUAAAAAAAAAAAAAAAGAUAAUAUCAACAACAACAACAAAAAAAUGUAAACCCUUAAAAAAAAAAAAGAUCUACCGUGUGUGUGUUUGUUAUAAAUGUUCUGUUCAUAACAUUUAUGAAACAUCUGUCUUUAAAGGCUUAUAAGCAGGUAUAUAUUUGUAAUUUUAAUUCAGAAUCUACCAUAUUAUUAUGCAAUGAUUCUGUAUUGCUAAAAUCUAUCUACAUUACUCUGUAAGCUUAAUUUCUCUUUGCAAAAAAUUAAAAGUCAGAAAAUGCCUUACAACUUAAGUCAUUUUAAUACAUUUCAGUAAUGUGAAAAAAUGUGCACUGUAUAAAAAUAAACAAUAUCUGUUGUUUUACA